GGUCUCGCGAUCUCGCGCUCUUCGGCCGUCCAAGCACUCAAUGAAAGACUUGUUGAAAGUUACGUAACUAGUACCGUUUUUCCCCAGUGCGCCCGUCGAGAACCAAAGCGAGAUGUUAGAAUUCGAUAUCUGACCAGCAGUCGUCCCUCAAACGACGAAACGAUGAUAGUGAACGCAAUGGCUUCUUUCUCAGCAACAUUAACGGCGACAUCGACUAACGUCCCCAGCUUGAUCCAAAACGCCACAUCAAACGACACCAACGUCGCCACUCUCAGUCCUCAACCCCACUGGACGGAACUGUUGCUGCUAAUACUAAAAGGGUUUAUUUUCGGAACGAUAAUCGUGAGUGCCGUGCUGGGCAACGCUCUGGUCAUAAUCAGCGUCCAUCGUCACCGAAAACUUCGAGUCAUCACCAACUACUACGUCGUCAGUUUGGCCAUGGCCGACAUGUUGGUAGCUCUGUGCGCGAUGACGUUCAACGCUAGCGUGGAACUAACCGGCGGCAAAUGGCUGUUCGGGUACUUUAUGUGCGACGUGUGGAACUCGCUCGACGUGUAUUUUUCGACGGCCUCGAUUCUCCACUUGUGCUGCAUUAGCGUCGACAGGUACUACGCUAUAGUACGACCUUUGGAAUACCCCAUCACCAUGACCCAUCGAACUGUUAGUUUCAUGCUAGCGAACGUAUGGAUUCUGCCCGCUUUGAUUAGUUUCACGCCGAUUUUCCUCGGCUGGUACACGACCGACGACCACAUACUGUACAGGGAGAAGCACCCGAACGUGUGCAAGUUUGUAGUAAAUCAGUACUACGCACUCAUUAGUAGUUCCAUCAGUUUUUGGAUUCCCGGAAUCGUCAUGGUGACUAUGUACUGCAGGAUAUAUAAGGAAGCGAUCAGGCAGAGGAAGGCUCUGUCCAGGACUUCGUCUAACAUUAUCCUAAAUUCGAUUCACCAACACAGAACUUCCUAUAGGGAUAGAUAUGGCGAUCAUUACUUGCAUCCGUCGGAUGGGGAGUUGACCACGGUUGGACAGAUCAACGGGGGGAGGAGGAGUACUAGCUCCGGAUCGGCCGUGUCGUAUGGCACUACAGUUACAGAAUUUAACACUGCGAUGAACAGCAGGGAUAAUAGUAAAGCUGCAACGGAACUCAACCUAAACGGAACCUCCAUCCGGCAACAGUCGAAGAGUUGGAGAGCUGAGCACAAGGCCGCUCGCACGCUGGGCAUAAUAAUGGGCGCUUUCAUGUUAUGCUGGCUUCCCUUUUUCUUAUGGUACGUGAUAACAACCCUCUGCGGCGACGACCUCUGCCCCACCCCCGACUGGUUAAUCGGCAUGUUGUUCUGGGUUGGUUACUUCAAUUCGGCCCUGAAUCCGUUGAUUUACGCCUACUUUAACCGGGACUUCCGAGAAGCUUUCAAAGACACUCUACUAUGCGCCAUGCCUUGCUGCUUCACGUGCUGGAAAAACCCGGCAAGGUUCCUUUAGCCGCAAGACUCGUCGCCGGCUUACCAAGACGAGAAACUCUAAUAAGCCGGGGCACAAGCAGCUUCUGUUAGAGAAAAAAGUCGCAACGUUAUUGUUGUAUAGAAAAAGCUUUAAAAUGCAGCUUUCAUCUCCAUACGAACAAGUAAUAAUCAAAUUUCAGCAGUCGAACCACCCCGACUUAAUCCGGGAGGGUGGAAAUUGAUUUUUCGGUUUUUCUUCUCCUUAUCCUCGUUCCGGAUCAAAUCGUUACGUUAAUUUGACAUAUACAGGGUUGUGGCGCAAACGGGACCUGAAUCCAAGCGAACACUGUUAUAAUAAUUACCAAUAAUAAACGUAGAAUCCAAGCUACGUAUACCUAAUUCGUUCCAAGCAAGAACUAUUGUGCGUCAAGGUUCCGUACUGGACCCGUUGCUUUUUUGGCAAGCUGCAGCGUUCGCCGGAUUCAGAUCCGAACGUUUCGCGUCAUCCGUUAUUAUCCGAAGCAACGACUCGACGAACUGUUCAAAUUACAGGCAAUAGAAGCGCACCAUUCCAGGCGGGGCCAAACGCCCCGUAUACAAAAGCAAUAAGUAAAGACUUUUGGAUUUCGCCACGUACUCAAGGACACAAAUACGUAAAAGCUCGUUCCCAACCGAAAAAAUCACUAGUUUCUGUGAUAUUACAAUAAAGUUUGAUUUGAUUGGCUGUAUAUAGUUUGUUAUACGAAUGUGUGAUACGAAGAUGUGAUUUUAAUUUUGUAAAUAAGAGCCUAUAUAGCUAUUGUACGUUGAAUGUACUCUUUGUUUUCGAGUAGUUAAUGUGUUUUGCGUCUUCCUUCUGAUUUUCUUUUGCUCAAGACUACCGUUUGAAACAUUUCCUUGUCUAGAAAGUUACUGUUGGGAAUCGAAACCGCAAGAUCUCAUAAAAAAUUUAAUCAUCUCCUUUCAUACGUGUAAUUUCUGUGGAAAAAAACCCCGCAAGUUGUUAGCGUUUCCGUUCCAAAUUGAUACGCAAACAAAUUUCUCAAGAGACAAUUUUGUAUUCAAAUGUGAGUUCUCUUUUCGGCAUCUAACAGUAACCACAGCGAAGCUCCGAAUGCUCAAGCACUGUUACUUGUUAAGCAACACGUUUUUUUUUCAAACGAUAUUAUCGUUAUUAAGCCGAAACCAAACAUUUACACGGUACAAUAAAUUGUUUUUAUAUGUUUAUAUUUUUUAUUAGUUUGUUGUCUAGAUGUAUAUUGUAAAAAAGGCAGAGACAAUCUUGUAGGCCUAUUUUGUAACGAGUUUUAUGUCGAAUGUCA